AUGGCAGUAGCUGAAUUUAUUGUUGUUGGUGUGCCCAUUGUGUUGCGCCGCAAUGGUUCAUACGAGGGCGUGUUGUUGAGCGUUGUUGCACAAGAUACGGAAAAUCAUGUUUAUACAAUUGAUUAUUGUGUCGUGGACAAAGAGAAUGAUGCAUCUUGGACAUUCUUCUUUGAGAAAUUGAAGGAGAUUGUGGUCGAUGAACCAGAUUUGUGCUUUAUUUCCGAUACACACAAGAGCAUCACCAACGAAAUUGUGAAUGUUUACAAUCAUGUUCACCACAGAUAUUGUAUGAGGAACCUCGGUGAAAAUCUCUGUGUAAAUCAUCAUUGUGGAGAUUACCUUUAUCUUUUCUACAAUGCGGCAAAGGUUUAUUCUUUGAAGGAGUUUGACAAUCAUUUUGUAGAAUUCAAGAACAAAUGUCUCGCGGCAGCCGUUGUCCUUGAGUAUGAUAUUGGUUUUGAGAAGUGGAGUAGGAAACAUUUUCCUGGCAAUAGAUAUGAUGUGAUGACCACAAAUAUCGCUGAGUCACUCAAUGCUAUGUUGAUAGACGAAAGAGAGUAUCCCAUGGCAUCAAUAUUUAAUUUGAUUGCUAAGAGAUUUGGAGAAUUGUUCAGGGAGAGGCAUGCAUAUAUCCUUAAAUCAAUGGGUAAUCAAAUGGUGCCUUCUGCCAAAAAAAUCACAAGAAAGAAAAUGAUCGAGGGCAACUCCUUAUAUGUAGAGAACGUAACCGGGGACGGCAAUCAAUUUACCUUGUUCAGUGCACGUGUUACUGCCUAUGUGGACCUACUGGAAAAGUCAUGUUCUUGUAGGGAAUAUGACUUGAUCAAGAUAACUUGUACUCACACAAUGGUCGUUUUGCGAUCGAAGCAUGACAAUGAGUAUGGUAUGAGCAUUUAUGAGUACUCUUCUCCUUUGUAUAAAGUUGAAUCUUACCUCCUUGUAUACUUAGAUUCUAUUAAUGUUGUCCCUCUCGAGUCGGAAUGGUGUGUGCCAGAAAAAUUUCUUAAUGUGAAGAUUAUUCGCCUCUUGUCGAUACCAAGCUUAGAAGAAAACGUGUCAAAGGUGUCCGGUGAGAAUUUCAAAAGCAAGAGAAUGAACAAAUGUUCAAUUUGCAAGAGAACCGGACACAAGAGAACCACAUGUGUGAACAACAACAAAUCUUAA